CUUUCAAAUCAAUUUAAAAAUAAAUAACCAUCAAUACGCAGUUUCAUAGAUAAAAUUUCAUUUUAUUGUUCGCUUUUAAUUUCAUUUAAAUUGAUUGUGGUUUUACAUGACAAAUACGUGAGAAUUAGCCUUCAGAAAUUCCGCAUACCGAAAUGAAAUCACUUUUGAAUAUAUAUUGUUCACAUAAAUCGAUGUUACUAUGAAUUGACGCUUACCAAACCAUGAUACAGCAAGCACGUGCUUUGUGAAAAUACAAGUUUCUGUAUCUGUAUACUUAUAACCUAGAUACAUGAACAAUAUUUUGGGAGAAUAACAUUUCGAUGAAGUGAAAUAGAAUUAAUUGAUUCCAUAGUAGGAUUGAAGUACGUCUUUUUGAAACAUAGUGGUUAGACGCAUUUUCGCAUUACAAUGUAUCAGAAAUUAAGUUUUGAAGUCGAAUACCUUACUGAGCAACAUCUUACCGGCUUCGAAACUUAUAAAUAUAGCUCAGUGGAUACAAGUCCUCUUAGUGUAUACAUUAUGCAUCCAUUUUGGAAUAAAGUAGUUCAUUAUUGUCCAAAAUGGGUUGCUCCAAAUGUAUUAACUUUCUUUGGAUUUCUUUUUACUGUGUUCAAUUUUACAUUAUUUGCAUUUUAUGAUUAUUAUUUAUAUGCAUCAAGUGAUGAUAAAUUACAAUAUCCUCCUAUACCAAGAUGGGUCUUUGCCUUAGGUGCAUUCAAUGUAUUUAUGGCAUAUACUCUUGAUGGUAUUGAUGGGAAACAAGCACGACGUACACAAACAUCUGGACCUUUAGGAGAAUUAUUUGAUCACGGAUUAGACAGUUGGACAACAAUGCUUAUUAGUGUUUGUAUGUUUUCUGUCUUUGGACGGACAGAUUUUAGUGUAUCACCAUUAAGAAUGUAUUUCAUCUUAUGGAAUGUGUUUAUCAGUUUCUAUUUGACUCAUUGGGAAAAAUAUAAUACAGGGGUAUUAUUCCUUCCUUGGGGAUAUGACCUAUCUAUGGUAGGUACUAUUAUUGUUUUUAUCAUAUCUAGUAUAGGUGGACAUAGAACUUGGAAAAUUGUUUUUCCUGGUGGUAUACCAGUAGGAGUGAUGUUUGAAAUAUUACUUUAUGUUACUGCGAUUGUAUCUAGUUUACCUGUGGUAUUGUGGAAUAUAUACAAAUCAUAUAGAGAUAAAACUGGUAAAAUGCGAACAUUUGUAGAUGCUAUAAGACCUUUAUUGCCUUUAGCAGUACUCUUUAUGAUUUCAACAAUUUGGAUAGUCCAUUCACCUAGUAAUAUCAUAGAAAAAGAUCCCAGAAUAAUUUUUUUAGCAAUUGGAACUAUCUUUUCAAAUAUAUGUUGUCGUUUAAUUGUAUCACAAAUGAGCAAUACUAGAUGUGAACUAUUAUCAUGGAUACUACUACCUAUAGCAGUUGCAGCAGUGUUUUCAUUUAUCUUACCUAACAUAGAUCUAGUGUUUACAUAUAUUCUUGCUAUUAUAGCUUUAUUAGCACAUAUUCAUUAUGGAACAUGUGUGGUACGUCAAAUGUGUCGUCAUUUUCGUAUUUAUACAUUCCGUAUUAAAGAUCGUACAGACUGACUACUUGCUGACGAUACAUGUUAAAAACGAAGAAAUAUGAACAAACGGUCGGAAAGAGCUACGAACGAGUAAGUAUAGAGCAGAAAGAAACUUUGAAAUUAUGAUUAAUAAGAAAAAAAUGCGUUUUGGUUAUAUAUAU